GCCGCUGUGAAAUUGAAAGAAUCUGUCGCUGAGUCUUACCCUCAUUCAUGAUCUUCACGUCGAUAUUUAUUCUCCCUGCCGAGCGUGGCAUAUAAGACUCUUUGAAGCUAACUUUGAGCACCCUUCUCUGCCUCUCAUUACAUACAUAAACAGAGGUCAGCACCCCUGCAGACCGUGCUCCGAAGUUGUCUAUAUUCUGCGCUAUGAUUGCAUUGGCUACAUACGAGGAAGGGAAUAUUCUAGAGACCAGGAAGUCCCUCGAAGUGCUCCCAUAUGAUCUGCUACUCAACAUCACGCAAAACCUCACGAUUCAGGAUGUAUGCGCGCUCCAAUUGACAUGUAAAUCACUCUAUGAUUUCAGCGUAACGCGUCCUGUAUACAGACAUCUUGCGUUGUGUCUUCUUCGACGUUGUCGCGCUCUUCCGCUGACUGGGUUUCAAUGCCUUUCCGAUCUAUCGACGGAACAACUGAUUUCAGCAGUCAAGAAAGCCACUCGUCUAGAGCUUGACUGGCUACAAAGAACUCCAAGACGAUGCUUUAACUCUGCGUAUGCUACUCGGAACGAUGCUACACCGAACUGGUACACAAUAAUCAAUGCGCCUGCUGACGAAGAAAUCGACUGGCUUUCACCCGUAACAACCGAUUACACUCUAUGCGCCACAAAAAGUGGAAAGGUUAUCUGCUGGGAUAUUCGCGCAAACACCUGUACUGCUCAAUGGGACCCAGGCAAUUCGUGGGAGUUGUGGAAGUGUCGCGUUCAGUUCGAUACACGGACGGUGUAUUUCACCAUGGCAAAGCUGCUUUCCAAAUUGACCGACAGUCGAACCAUGGAGUUCAUUCUGAUGAAGCUCGAGUUCCCUUCGGAAGCAUGUUCUUCCAAGGAAUCGGCCCAACCUGUCUUCACCAAACUGACGACCUUUCGAACGGCCGGCAGUGUCAUCAAUAUCUUCCUUCUAGAUCCCAGUUCUCGCCUCCUAUCAGCGUUUAUCUGGUUGCCAACUUCAAAAUCAAUAGGACUAUUCGUGCUGCCGGAUUGGGAUUUACCUGAAUAUGUGUUUGUCGAUACUACUGUUGAAUGUGCCUCUCAUGCCAACUGGUCAUGUAUCUUAUACAAGGAUCACGUCGUGGUCCAUACGGAAGACAGCGAAAUGGCUGUCCAGCAUUUCUACCCUCUGCCCAUCCUCAAGCGUCACGCACAACCCGUUGAGAAUGAGAAGAUGUUCACACCAAGGGUCUCUGGACAGCUACCCCCAAUAUCCUCUGUUUCCGCUCGUUUCGUUUUCCCGUCCCCAGUCCCUCCUGCAGGAGACGUUAAAAGCGAUGCAUCUAGCUUUGCUCACAGCGAUCAUGCGAUCGACAUACCUUCGAUAGAAACAUCCGUCCCAAAUCCUUUCCCCCCAUCCACCUGGCUACCUGAUAGCGCACAUUUCGUUCGACAAUGGUGGCCUACCCUUCCCAUUGUGCCCAAGUUGAGUUGCACUGUCAUACUUUUCGCCGAUCACGAUCAGGAGACACACAAGACGAAAUACGUGUUAGCUCAACAUUACUUCCGAGUUCCGUUGACUGGUGGAUUGCCACGCACGCAGCCGCCAUCUCCUGUAGCGACACUUCAUGUUGCACCGAGGAACCAGGCUGGUCAAGCAGACGAUCACUCUGAUGGCUCAUGGCAUAGUGGGGCUUCAUCUGCGAGUACCUUGAUUGACGAUAGUACCGACGUUGGAAAUAAGUUAGACGAAACCGAGGAGCAAGAGGCCUCGAUUCGGGUCUGGUAUGUCAGCGAACCGUUCGAAGUGGCUUGCACUUUCGACCUGGAAGAAACUGAUGAAGGCACCAUCGGCGUCCAUCCACGACCUCUCAUGGCAGUGGAUUUCGGGCACGCCUGCUGGGUCGAGUAUAUGCGCGAUCAAGAGCUUGACGAGAACGAGGCUGCAGAGCCAUUUCGAGAGAAACGCCGAUUGCGACUGGUCUCUUUCCCUCCCAUUAUCUAUGACGAAGACGAAGCUCUAGGCAAGGAAAGUUUUCUGAAGAAGAAAUCCAACGAAACCGAAGGUGUUGUACGGACAUUGGAGAUCCCGCACGAGUUGGACCUGGAUAAGGCGGAUACGCUCAAUAUUGAGCAGUCGCAUGGGACUGUGAUUAUCUCCACAAAGGACGGGAAAAUAUUCAUUCUCUGCUACGAGUAAUCACCACUUCUUCCCUUGCCUUCUUCCUUUUCUUUAUUUACAGGCUGUCCUACAAGACAGAAGCACGCAGUUGGAGAAGAUGGAGAAGAUGAGAAUUUACUGGUGUUUUCUAUUCAUAUCUAUUACACGAAUCGCUCGACAUUACAAUGUAGUACCCAGACUCAUCGCCGCGCCUAAUACCUGCAUGUAUCCCUAUCGUUGACCGUAGUUAAUCUAAUAAAAUGGGUAUAUUCCUCGAUU